AUGAUGACGACGUGCCGUCUGCUGUGCGCCCUGUUGGUGCUUGCCCUGUGCUGCUGCCCGUCCGUGUGCGUGGGAGAGACUGAGACUGAAGCUGAAGCCGCUCCCCUUUCACCGCGCCCUCCACCACAGCCAACAACCCCGACGGCCGGUCAGCCAGAGUUGUCAGGUUUGGGGCCCGUUGCAAAUCCGGGAGAUGAUGGCAGAGAGGGAGGAGGUUUGACCUUUCCAGAUCCGAAAUCAACUGAUGAUCCCAAUAAGGUAAAAGGAAAAAGUACGGAAGACAAGUCAGGGACAAAAAGUCGCACUGAAACAUCCGCGAAACAAAAAAGUAAGGAGUCUGAAACUUCUGCUCAGACAACCACGACGACGACCACAACAAAACCACCAACUACGACGACCACCACAACACAGCCACCAACCACGACGACCACCACUACAACAGAGGCACCCAGUACUACGACUACAGAGGCGCCAACCACGACGACCACCCGCGCACCGUCACGUCUUCGCGAAAUGGACGGCAGCCUCAGCAGCUCUGCGUGGGUGUGUGCCCCGCUGGUGCUCGCCGUAUCCGCGUUGGCGUACACCGCUGUGGGCUGA